CCAACCGAAUUCAGCCUGCCUUUGCUUCAUCAUCCAAAGGAAAAUCCCCAGAUAAGGCAUAUGGCUUUCAGAGAGGCGGGAGAAAACAAGCAGCAAUAAUUCUUUCACAGGAGACUUAUUCACCGUCAUGAUGCAAUUGGAAAGAGAUGGCCACUAUUUCAUUAGAAAAUUCUGUUUGGUUGAUUGAAGUGUUCAAUAGGCAGAGCUGUACAAGGCCCAUGUGUUAUAAGUGCCUUUGUGAAGCUGCUUGUACAAGAGACAGCCGUAUUUUUUAGAAGAUGAUCUCGGCCAGCUAGAUCCUGCUCUUACCUUAUGUGUCAUCUGUAGUAGUUUGCCAGCUGCCUGACGUGAAACUGACUCCAGCGUUUGCAAACCCUGAGGACAAUAUUAAGUUGGGCAUGAAAACUGCUGAAUGCAUAGCACAUCUUGUGUAAUCAAUGCCAACAAAGAGGACACAAAAUGUCAUCAAGGAGAGUCACUGUAUGAAAACAACAUUGCUUAACAAAACAGUCAAGAAACUCACAUUUUUGAAGCCAGAAAUGCCACUGAGCAUGAAAAUUUACAGCCAAAUGUAUAGAAGUCUGCAAUCACACUGAUGGAUGAUUAACACAUGUAUUGAUACAUUUUUACUUAAUCCAACUUUGUCUGCAGUGUCCUCUCCUAAGCAUUUGUUACAUCGUUGUUGCUUAAAAGGGGGUUCCUGACUUGUUGGAGUUCAUAACUGGAGAGGAUUCUAUUGUUAGUUCCUCACCAAUUCAAUCUUACACCAUGGCUUUGAAUGUUGCUCCUGUAAGAGACACAAAAUGGCUGACAUUAGAAGUGUGCAGGCAGUUCCAGAGAGGAACUUGUUCACGCUCUGAUGAGGAAUGUAAAUUUGCACAUCCACCCAAAAGCUGCCAGGUUGAAAAUGGAAGAGUCAUUGCCUGCUUUGAUUCUCUAAAGGGACGGUGCACACGGGAGAACUGCAAAUACCUUCAUCCACCAACACAUUUGAAAACCCAGCUAGAAAUUAAUGGUAGGAAUAAUCUGAUCCAACAGAAAACUGCUGCAGCGAUGCUUGCACAGCAGAUGCAGUUCAUGUUCCCAGGAACACCCCUUCAGCCAAUGCCCUCAUUUCCUGUAGGGCCAACAAUAGGAUCCAACACAGCACUAAGCUUUGCACCAUAUUUAGCGCCUGUUACGCCUGGGGUUGGAUUAGUUCCUACUGAAAUUGUCCCCACACCACCCGUCAUUGUUCCCGGAAGCCCCCCUGUCACAGUCCCUGGGUCAACUACAACACAGAAACUCCUCCGGACAGAUAAACUAGAGGUUUGCAGGGAGUUCCAGCGAGGAAACUGUGCACGGGGCGAAACAGACUGCCGUUUUGCACAUCCUGCAGACAGCACAAUGAUUGAUACAAAUGACAACACCGUAACUGUUUGUAUGGAUUACAUAAAGGGGCGCUGCAUGAGGGAGAAAUGCAAAUAUUUUCACCCUCCUGCUCACUUGCAGGCCAAAAUCAAGGCGGCUCAGCACCAAGCCAACCAGGCUGCAGUGGCAGCGCAGGCCGCCGCUGCAGCUGCGACAGUGAUGACUCAGUCGACUGCCAAAGCAAUGAAGCGACCUCUCGAGGCAACUGUAGACCUGGCCUUUCCUUCUGGUGUAUUUCAUCCUUUACCAAAGAGACAAGCACUUGAGAAAAGCAAUGGUGCCAGUGCUGUUUUUAAUCCGAGUUUCUUACACUAUCAACAGGCUCUUGCUAAUGCACAGUUGCAACAACAUGCAGCCUUUAUUCCAACAGGGUCAGUUUUGUGCAUGACACCUGCUACCAGUAUUGAUAAUCCUGAAAUAGUCAACCGGAUUGGACUGGAAUGUCAAGAGGCCUCAUUGAGAACAGCAAAGCAUUGUUACUGUACAUACUACCCUGUCUCUUCCUCAAUAGAAUUGCCACAAACUGCAUGCUGAGUAAAGAGUUUGUUCGUCUGGACAAAUCACAAACACAAAGAGCUAGUGCUGCUAUAUCAUAUAUGAAUAUUACAUAUGGUAUGCUUAGUAUACUCUAAAAACUAAUCUAGUUAACUACCUGAUGCCAGCUGUGAUGGUUCAAAACAUAAAAGGGUAACGUUUUAGUUUUAAAAGUUUUAUACAACACCGUUUACUUCUUAGAAAUGCCGUCUGACCACCAUAAUUAUAGCUAAUGUAAUUAGUCCUAUUCAUAUAUUAUUGUAGGGUUCACAACUUUAUGGAUCUUUCAAUGUUAGCAAUAAGUGAUGUACAUUGGCCACUAAGCCCAGGAUCCAAAGAGCCACAUGAUUAGUCCCACAUGGACAAGGUCACAUUGGAUGCGUAUUUGUCAAACGUAUUUGUCACCUACUUUGCAUGCUGAAUUAUUUUCUGAAAAGGUGGAGAGUUUCAAAAGUAGUUUGUGACAGCACAAAAGAGUUCUUGGCUCGAACCAAAACGGCAGAUGCAAGAACUUGAGUGUGUCAUGGUGGCUCUUUGGAUCUUGGCCAAUACAUAUGAACUGCAGAUUUGACUUUUAACCCUUUUGACAAUUUUGUACUCUCUUAAAAAAUUCACUUCUCUACCGGGCAGUUAAUGCCAAGACUAAAGAGGUGUUGCAAAAGCAGAAACCGGUAUUCCUGCACCCCCCCCCCCCCCCCCCCCCCCCGCGCAAAGUCCCAAAUAGAGGAUCCAAGGUAAAGCACAAAAGCAGAGAUGCACCUGAGCUGAUUUUGGACACGUACGAAGAAUUUGUACCAGAAUCAUGGCAUUCUAGAAUUAAAUUGAACCUUUGCACGGUAUGACUUUCAUACCCCUAACAAAGUCUUGACUAUGUUAUUUUACAAAGAGAGAGAAUAUUUUUUAAAAGAAGCCUUUGCAGAAGUGCCUAAAUUUUGCCACACCAGACUUGAAACUAAGUGACACUGCAGUCUAUCAUUGAAAAUACAAGCGGUUAAGCUUUCAGAUUUGCAAUCAGGUUACCAAAAAGAGCUUGCUCUGAAGUAGCUUCUUCCCAAUUAAAGAAAUGAGGCUGUAGGUGAAAAGAUUAGCAUGAUAUUCUGAUUUAACUCAAGCUGAAUUCAGUCAUUGUGAAAACUGAUAAGUGACUUUAAUUUAAUUGAUUAGAAAAAUAUGAAACGGGAUGUAGAGAGAGUUUCAUUUUAAUCCAUUGUUAUUGCUGCCGUAUUUUUAAAAUCAGGUUAAAGACGUUGUAACCGGAUUACAGCACAGAGAAAGAAACUAGUUCUUUUAACUUUUUCUUUUAAAAGCUUAUUUUAUGUCACAGAAAUAAAAAGAUAUCUUUAAUACAACUAUAUACAUAUUAUAUAUACACAUACAUAUAUAUGGACAAAACAGAUUUUAAUGUUUACUUUUUUAAAUACUGUGUUGAUUUACAAAGUAAUUAUAUACAUUUGAUUAAUGUAGGAGGUUUGUUUUUAAAAUUUGUUUCCUACACUAUUGUACCAAAUAUGUCACAUUUCACAUUUUAUAUGUUGCACACAGAUCACAUAAGUACAUGGUUUUUAAAUUAUUGUUUAUAAAACAAAAAAGCAGCUGUCCUAUGGAAAUAUGUAUAAUUUAAACAUCUGGGGUUUUUUUCCAUGUGAACAUGAUAAAUGAUUGCAGUAUUUUAACUUAGCGUUUCAGAUUGAUUCUAAAAUCUUUAGCUUUGGCAGCACUGCUUAUUCUGAGAGAACAGAAGCACUAAUUGAUUUUUUUUGUUAAUGAAAUUAUUUUUCAGUGUUACUCUUGUUUUUCAAAGGUCUCAUCUGUUUAUAUUAAAACACUAGCUUCGAUCACCUAAAGGGGAGAACACUCUACCCCCAAACUGAUGGUAAACACAGUGUUUGUAAUCUUACAUUUGUUUUAUUUUGUGAGGAAUAUGUAUCUUUUUUAAUUUUACUUGUAAAUUUUCUGAAUCAUUAUAACUAGAUCGGUAACCUGGCCAUUUACUGACAUCUGUAGUUGUUGGGGUUUUAUUUUUAAAUGAUCCAUUUAAACAUUUGAUAGUUUAUUGGACAACACUAAAUGGCAAUUUAUAUAUGUUGUUGAAAUAUUUAAACUGUAGAAAGAAUAUUUUAGUGCACCUAUUAUGUUUAAGCAAUUAUUUCAUUAGAAUCACUCCGAUGUUAUUUUCUUUUUAUUAAUGAUCAAAUUUUCAUUACCUAUCUGAGUUUUCCUCCUGGAAAAAGAGAGAGAGAGAAAGAGCACGUAUUUUUGAAAAAGAGAGCUUUGAUGUACUGUUCUGUUCCUAUGUUUUGAAAAUAAUUAUGUCGAUCCGUAUGCUCUUUGUUUCAGGAUAGUGUUGUUGGUUUUAAUGGAACUAAACUGGAAUAAAUGGCGUGAGCAUCACAGUUUACGAGCACGAGUCACAGAGAUUGUACAGGCAGAAAAAGCCGAACCUGCUGAAAGGCAGGCCACACAGGCCACUCUUGAAUGUAACUGCCCUGGCUGAAACCAUUACCUGCUUCCUUAGGAUUUAUCACUAACACCGUAGCACGCUAAUCUCUGCCACAUGUCAGCAGCUUCCCUGUUUGCAGGCCUUUCUAGCCUUUCUUCGCUGCACUGCUGAAUCCCGCUUUGUCCGUGCUUCAGCCAGCUCUCUGCUCUCCACUCUGUGUUCCUUCUUUCCUGCCCAGCCCUGAUAUCCUUUCCUUCAAACAGGGCACAUAUAAAUAGUCGCUUGGAUCAGUCUCUUGAAUCAGCCGUUUUGGCAUCUAAAUUAAACACGCUGCUUGAUCUUUCUAGUUUGUUUGCUUGCCUCACUUGAUUGUCCUGGCCUCCUUCUUUGGCCUGAAUCCCAAAGCUGAUUCUUUGCUUUUAUCAGAAUGUAUCUAUCUGCUGAACGAACAGGGUGAACCUGUAUGCCAGUUCUAAUUUGCCCCCGCAAAAGACAGCCUGUCCCUAUUCAUUCCAGCAAGGCUGUCUAGAAUAGAAGUUUUGCAAAUACAGACUUGCGCCUAUUCAUCUUCAGGCAAGCUGUCUUGGAAAGAGCAAAACUGUACUACCCGGUUCCCAUUUCGCUCUGUCCGUGCUCGGCCGCACUUUGUUUAAUCUCUGUGCCUCUUGCUUCAAAUCUGUAAUAAUAUUGACAAAUUAAUUAGCGUAAAUAUAAAAUAAUGAGUACAUGGUUUUUUAUUUAUUAAAGAGUAAUUUUGUAGAGUACAUUGAAUUUGGGGGAAAUCUAAAACUAUUUUUCUGUAUAAAUAUUAUUUGCCAAAACUUCAUUUAUAUUUUGGGAAAAAGAGUGUCUAAUGAUGGUAAAUGGAGCUUGUUUUGGUUUUAUUUUUAUUUUUUAAAUAUCUCCCUUGACACAACCAUGAAAUGGGACAAUAUAGUCAGCAAAUACAGAGGCUGGGACAUAAUUUCAAGUUACUUGAGAUGUCUCUGCAUUUUCUAUAAGAGCACUUCACCAAAAUACCUUAAUUUGCCCAUAAAAAAUGAUCAGUGGCGACAUUUACACUGCAUACUUUCGCUAACAGUUAAAUAAGCCCCUUCUGUUAUUCUAUGUACUGUAACUAUUUAGCAGCCUGUUUAAAUACCCAUUUAUGAGUUUGUUGAGAUAUUAUUUAAUUACCCAAUGUGCAACCAUGGAAAUAAAAAGAAGCAUCUUAAAAUGUU